AUGUCCUUGUCAUCUUCAAAGCUCCAGCCAGACGUCAACAAGCAGCUGGACGCCAAGCUGGCUGAAAUGCAGAACAUGCUCAAAGACUUGGCCACCAAGGUCGAGGAGGCUGAGGAGGGCAACGUCAUCGACAAAAGCACACAGUCGGCGAGCGUUGCCGACGCCUACAAGGACAUUGUCAAGGCCGAGGAUGUCAUUAGCUCGUUCGAGUCUCGCUUGGACCAGCUUCUCGGCCGCCUGGAUAAUAUGAUCGAUGGGCAAGAUAAUGAGGGGCCGGAGAAAGAUCAAGAAGAAGAGGAGGAGGCAGAGAAUGACGAUGGCGAAAGCGCUGGUAAAGGCAAUACCAUCGCUGCCCAAACCAAAAAAUGA